AACAUUUAAUGAAAGCAUAAUAUUAAUGUACUUUUAAUAGAUUUUAAGAAAAUACAUAAAUCUGCUAGUAUAUUUACAGCAUUUUUUAAUGUUUUAAGUACAAUUAAGUACAUUUUUUUUUUACCAGAUUAUCUCUGUAUACUAUUGGAAGCCUUUUUUUUCUUUUUAAAACAACAAUAAAGAUAAUGUUGUGAAAAAAGAAAAUAAGGUCAGUCUAUCUGAAAAAUGUUAAGAACUUUAAAAGUGUUCUUAAGUGCAGUUGCAAAGAUCAUCAAAAACAUUAUGAUGAAACUGGCUCUCAUCAGGACUGCCUCAGGAAAUAAAGAGCGAGAGUUUGUUUGGUAUGUAUACUUAAAUAGAGGUGGUAUUAUAUGUAAAAACACUGACUGAAGUGAACUCUGCUGCUCUUAGUAUGUAUUCUGGUGCCAAGAUGUGAGAAUUCUUUGUUCUACAGGUGCAUUCCUGAGCUGCUUCUUUGAGACUGGGCAUCAGCACAAAUACAGAAUGACCCCUCAAAAACAGAUGCAAGUAUUUUUGUAGGAGGGAGCAGUCCACUGUUGGCAAGCUCUUUAGGCAAUAUAUGAGCGUAAGAUGAAGUCACAAACAUUGCGACUGGAGUCAACUCCCACUCAUCAGCUAACACAGUCAGUGCUUUAUGUGGAGAAGUACCAGCUGGUGCCACGGCCCCAUAGUCCUCCAUACUUAUUUGUGUUCGGCAGAUAUUGGGACAUGGAAAGAAAAUCUGUGCAUAUUGCCUUCGGCUGCGUGUUAACCUUCUUUCUUUAUAAACUCUGCCUGGCUGACAAAAUUUGUUCAGUUUCCUCAGAGCUUGUGACCAUUAAAGAGAACAACACAAUCGACACUGUUGUUGCCUAUAUUAACACAACAACAAAGGAUGUCACACUCACUCUCAUACAGAACCCAGACGAUGCCUUUGAUCUGAAGGGCUCCUUUCUGAUAGUGAAGAAAAAGCUGGACUUUGAGACGCUGUUAAAUCCUGAGCAGCUCGCAAUUCAGAUCCGCUGCAAUAAAACAGGCUUCAAAAGUGUCACUUUGACUGUUCUUGUUCAAGUGGAGAACAUUAACGAUAACCCUCCUAAUUUUGCUAAAAGUGAAUAUGCUGUAGAUGUUAACGAGCUCACUCCUGUUAAUACCAGUGUUGCCCUGAUUGAAGCUAAAGAUGAUGAUUCAGGAGUUUUAUAUUACACCAUGGAGCAGACUUUGAACAUGUAUUUCAGACUGGAGAGUAUUUACAAACCAAACAUCCUGGUGAAUAAAGUUUUGGAUUAUGAUGUGGUCCAGCAGGUGACUCUGACACUGUAUGUGCAGGACACUCCAUCACCUCCACCACCAGACCAGGUCUCCCACACAGCUUCCACAACCAUAAAAAUCAAUAUACAGGAUAUCGACAACCGUCCACCCUGGUUCCAACCGUGUACAAGGACAAAUUUUGGUAUUGCCAAAAUCUGCCUCAGUCCUGGGUAUAAAGGCAGAGUCAACCUAACAGAGAAACAGGAAGGACCAUUACAGCUACAGCCUGGUCCAGUCUAUGCCAGGGACGGUGACAGAAGCAGAAACGAAGAGAUAAGUUACAAAAUUGUUCGAGGGAAUGAAGACAGUAUAUUUCAAAUAGAUGAAGCCACUGGAAAUAUAACCAUGCUAAAACCAGCAGACAUCGCAGGCCCAAUUUCCCUCACAGUUUUGGCUUCACAGGUGUCAAACAGAGACCAGUUUGCCGCCACCUCAGUGAACAUCGAGGUGAUGAAAAAGAGUCGGAACCCACCGAAAUUCGAGAGAGAGCGUUACGAGGCCUAUGUUUACACCAACUCAGGCCCUGAGAACAUGGUGCUCAGAGACAGGACAACAAAUAGACCCUUUAGAGCCCGAGCCAGAGAUGAUGACUUCGCAACUGGAGUAAAUCCAGACAUAAGGUAUGAAGUACAGUACAGCAGUUAUGUCAACGUAACCACAGACGGGUUUGUGCUUCUGAAAAAGGCUGUCCGUACCGACUCCUUUGCUUUGCAGCUCCGGGCUGUUGAUGUAUCUACUGGUGAAUCAGGAACAGCUGCUCUCUCUGUGCUCGUCUUACCACCUGUGGGAGUCCAGUCCCCCUCUGAGGGAUACCGUGCUGGAGACAUGGCUUUGCUGGGCUUUGUAAUGGCCGCCUUGCUGGUGCUCUGCCUCAUCGUGAUUGGGUACCUCAUCUCUCGUCUGAAGAAACAGAACCCCGGUACACUCAAGUUAUCUGAGGUCAGCAACUUCUCAUCAAAGCUCUGCCCAUGCUUGCAGCUUAGAAGGGCUACCAACCGGCCGAGGCCGAGAGACAGCCUGCAGUUCACCAACGACGGCUUCCUGAACGAGGGGGACAUGAGCAGAUUCAGCGGCAGAAGAAUGGACAGGAGAGACAGGAGGCUGGAUUCAGGACGAGUCAGAGUGGUGCCCCGCGAGAGGCAACGACACUGCAACUUGUGCGGCAUGCGAGUCCACACCAACCAUGUACACCGCGGCAGCCCCGUCGGCCACCUCAAAGCCAGGGGGUCUAAGGACCAGGUCAAAUCCAUCCUGACCAAAGAGAGAAGGAAGCAGGGCAGGCACAAAACCGUGUGGUUCAAAGAGAGCGAGGAUUCCUCUGAUAUUGAGGUGGAGAUCAUUCCUGACAACAUUGGGCUCAGACCCGAGGAAGAUCUGGAGAAAUUUGUGGAGGACUCAUCCUCUCCAGCUGUAAGGGCCAGUGAUGUGGAAAUGGGAGAGCUGACUAUGAUGAAUAUCCAGGACUUGGAUAGCCAGGAAGGACCCAAUUCCAAUCACAGAGAAGGUAUGGGUCCAGAUAAAACAGAGCAGUGAGACCCAUAAUCCAGUGGUUUUCAACUUUCUAAACUUUGCACUGCAAGAUAUGAUGUCCGGACCAGUGAAAGCAUCUACUGUUACUUCAGUCAAUACUGUACAUAGCAUAUCAUCUCAUUUUAAGAUGAUGUAGAAUUAUUGUGAGAUUAUGCAGUUUAUUUAUAGAUGUUUUUCUAGAGAGAAUAAUUCUAGAAAAAAAGGAGUUAAACAAGUUAAACAUCUAGGCAUAAGUAGAACAAUCUCACAAUCUCAAAUAAUAAAAAUAUUAGGCUACAUUCAUACAGCAGGUAAAAUUGUUAAAAAAUACAAUUUCUCUCCAAAUAUGAUGUUUAUUUUAGACUGUUCUCACCAUCUUUUUAUUGUAACCUAUGUCUGACAUUUGUCUGAAGGGUCCGCGCUACUAAGCUGACGUGUCACAGGAAGUUUCAGUUUCAUUUUCAACUGCGUCACUGGAGCUAUCCAGUUUCAAAGAUUGACAGCUGGUCUAAUGUGUUCAAGUUCACUCUAAAAUGGCAAGUUUUUUGGCCAUACCAUUUUCUCCCCAAUUGAUGACUCCACCAAUCACUAGUGAUUCCCCAAUACCAGGCAGGUUUCUUUAGGCUUCAUUUUUAGUUUUUUUUUUUUUUUUUUUCAUUUGAUCCAUUGCAAGCAGUUGCAAUAUGUGGUUUCUAAUUUUUUAACAGGGACACCAUUUAAAACAUAUUUUUGAGGUCUGUUACCUCGCUAUCCCACCAAUGAAACCCUUACUCACUGCUGUCAACCGUUUUACUUCCUCUUUUAUGUAAAAAUGACAUGAAUUCAGCUCUGGCUGCUCUGAAUUCUGAUGUGAGUAGCAUUGCCACAUCUCAUAUUUGUAUCUCUUAUGAAAAUUGAAAUGGAAAAUGUCAGACGCUGCCAGGUUUUAAACUCCUCAGAACCACUGGUGGUUCCUGGCUUAUUUGUUUGCUACUGUUAUAACUUUGCAUUAUAAUUUCUUUGUCUGUAUUUACUUUAGUACUCCUUAGUAAGUAUUAAAAGUCCCAGAGCAUUAAGAGAUAAAUUCAGAUUUAACCCAUACAAUGUCACCCAUGGUGACAUAUAUAUAGAUUUGAUUGCAUUCAGUGGCACAAUGCUCAAUAUCUCACCUCAUCCCUCGAUCCUCCACUCAUCCCAAUGGUAUUAGAUGGCGCUCUAUCAUUCUAGAGAGCCUUCUUGCAAAUCCAAUUCAUCCAAUUAUUUCUCCCCUUAUGAAAUGGUGAUAGAUUUACCAUUAUUUAAUUAUAAUGAUCUUAUUCUGAGAGUUUAUAGUCAUAUAUAAUAUAUUUCUGAAAUUAAAAUGCUCAGCUAACAUCCAAAUACUGUUUGAGUUUUUUAUUCUAAUCAACAUUUCUGUUUUGAACCAUACUAUUAAAUACAUUAAGAGGAAAGCACUAAGUAUUAAUGAUAUUCUGUAUAUUUUUUAGUUUCAGUGAUUUUUGUGAAUUAUAACUGUGCCUGUGUUGAUGUGAAGACUCUAAGAGUAUUUUAUACAAAUAUGAAAAUGUUAUGUAUGUAUAAAAAAACACAAUGAAGAAUAAAGAAAAAGAAUUUCAUAUA